AUGUUGCAACCAAUCAUUUCGCCUGCGCAAUUAUGGCCCGGCGGGAUCCCAGCCACUGUUCGCCUGCACCCAGAGGGUGAUUUGAAUGACAAGGACGCGCAGAAAGAAAUCCAAGGCUGGAAUUUCGGGCUCCCCCUUUCUGAUCCAGAGGAGGACAGGGCCCAACGACGCGCUCUCAUCGAAAAAUGGGCGUCUGCAGAUCAAAGCUUCCGUGAUUCAUACUUUUCUGAUGGGCCCCUCGUGGGGUUGCACGAUUUCAAUGGCUCAAGAUAUUCUAAGAGCUUCGUCUGCCUUGUUGAUAAGCCCUACAAUCCGGAGAACUACUCCCGUAUUACCAAGAUUCUGAUCCUCCUCUAUAUCCACCUUCAACGUUCACUCAAUCACCCGCUUAGUCAUAACUGUAGUAGCGAUGAUCAGCCGCAGCUCCCAGCAUUCAUGCUAGACCCUGCCACGGAGACAUUAUCUACCAAUGACUAUGCGCGGCUCCUCGCAGGGGAGAACUUGCCUGUGACCUACUACCUCGAAACCGCCGACUUUGAAGCAAUGGCCAUGACCUCUACCGGCACUGUUAUCUUUCCAUACCUGGACGAUCAGGCAUACUUGGUAAUUGAUAACCAGAGCUGUGAGGACGGGCGCCUCCUUCUGCUCAAUUUCAGCUGUACCGGUCAGAUUCUCCACCAGGCGCGGAUGAUCCCGUUCCAAAUUGGUGCUCUCACGCUUUUCCAUGGUGUACUGGGCCAUCUUUGGGAGGAACUUUUCAAGAAAGGAAACGCGAGACCGGGUUGGAAUAAACCAUUUGACAUUCAUCUGCCACUCGUGGAAAUCAUGGCGGUCCUCAUACAGCGCGGAGACUUGUUUCCCUUGAACGACUACACGCCGGCCGAGUGGGCCGAGGAGUUCGAGCGGUUUGCGCCGGAAUACCUGGCCUAUGAGCGUCAAGGCCGGGUGAUCGAGUACAGCUGGGAUCGGCUAGCGGAUGUGACGGAAGAAUUUUCUACCUACAAUCAUCUUCGCUAUGACAGACAGCUAGCUGACAUGUCGAGGCGAGGCCCUGUUUGA